GAGGAAGAUGAGGAAGAAGACAAAGUCCAAUAGGGCGUACCCAAAACUGAGAGAGAAAGAGAGAGGAAAGAGCUCAAAAAAAAACAUCUUUUCUUUUCAUUUUCAAUUAGUUUCAUUAUUAUCACAAAAGACUUUUCUUCUCCGAGAGAACAAAAGGUUAGGCUUUAUUGAUUACUAGCCAGCUCAAUUUUCUUUCUUUCUUUCUUUCUUUCUCUGGGAGUUUGGGAUUUUCUUAAGGGUCUUUUUCAAUUCUCGCUCCAUUUUGUACGCAUAGAACUGGGUUUGUGUUUACACACAUAAAGCUCUUAUCUUUUUUCUUCUUUCAAUCGAGAAGAUUAUAGAGCUGAGUGACUGAUUGGUGGUUUCUUGGAGUUUUAAUGGGAGGUUGUUUCAGCAAUCGGAUUAAAACAGAUAUUGCUUCCAGUACAUGGCUAAGUUCGAAAUUCUUGAGUAGAGAUGGGAGCAAGGGCUCGUCGACCGCUUCCUUCUCUUAUAUGCCUCGAACAGAAGGCGAGAUCUUGCAAAAUGCUAAUCUCAAGAACUUUAGUCUCAGUGAACUGAAAUCUGCAACUAGGAAUUUCCGGCCUGAUAGUGUGGUUGGUGAAGGUGGAUUUGGUUGCGUUUUCAAAGGCUGGAUCGAUGAGUCCUCUCUCGCUCCUUCUAAACCGGGGACCGGGAUUGUCAUUGCUGUGAAAAGACUUAACCAAGAAGGGUUUCAAGGUCAUCGAGAGUGGCUGGCUGAGAUCAAUUAUUUAGGCCAGCUGGAUCAUCCUAACCUUGUGAAACUGAUUGGAUACUGCUUGGAAGAGGAGCACAGGCUUCUUGUUUACGAGUUUAUGACUCGUGGUAGUCUUGAGAAUCACUUAUUCAGAAGAGGAACAUUCUAUCAGCCACUUUCAUGGAACACGCGGGUUCGUAUGGCUCUUGGUGCAGCUAGAGGACUUGCUUUUCUUCACAAUGCUCAACCGCAAGUUAUAUACCGAGACUUCAAAGCAUCUAACAUCUUGCUAGAUUCGAACUACAACGCAAAGCUUUCGGAUUUCGGUUUGGCUAGAGAUGGUCCAAUGGGUGACAACAGCCAUGUUUCUACCAGAGUCAUGGGAACUCAGGGAUACGCUGCUCCAGAAUAUCUAGCUACAGGUCAUUUAUCGGUGAAGAGCGAUGUAUACAGUUUUGGGGUUGUGUUACUGGAGUUGUUAUCAGGAAGACGAGCAAUUGACAAGAAUCAACCAGUAGGAGAACACAAUCUCGUGGAUUGGGCAAGACCCUACUUAACAAACAAGAGAAGACUUCUGCGAGUGAUGGAUCCUCGUCUCCAAGGUCAAUACUCACUAACCCGAGCUUUGAAAAUUGCAGUUCUUGCACUCGAUUGCAUAUCUAUAGAUGCCAAGAGUAGACCGACCAUGAACGAAAUCGUCAAGACAAUGGAAGAACUUCAUAUCCAGAAGGAAGCAUCAAAAGAGCAGCAGAAUCCUCAAAUCAGCAUUGACAACAUCAUCAACAAAUCUCCACAAGCUGUGAAUUAUCCUAGGCCUUCAAUUAUGUAACAAUCCUAGGCGAGCUAUUUACCGGGUUUUAGAGAUGUAUAGACUCUUUACCUUCUGUCUGUUUAGAUAUUAUGUUGUUUGGUAGUAACAAAAGAGCUGGCAAUGUAAGGGAGAGAAGGAAACUUACUAGUUGUAAACUUAGGUUCUCUUACAACGUUCACAUGUUAUCUCACAUACAAAAUGUUAUCAGGAUAAGAAAACCACA